CAAGUGCAGUCCCAGCCAGGCCUGGACGCCGGUCCCUCCCAUGCAGGCCUUGUGUCCGGCUCCGGGGCUCCCCGAAGACUGGAGGGCUCCAGUGAAACUCGAACCCGUAGAGAUGGCAGAGGCUCGGCUGCCAUCCGCCGACUUUGCGUCUUCCGCCACCGGUCAGUAGCCUCGAGGCGUGUCGCUCUCGACGAUGGCCACUCUGCACACCCAGCACACUUUGGCCGCCAUUUUCUCGUCCUCCUCUUCCUUUUCCCGCUCUUCUUCCUCUUCGUCUACUCCGUCCAUGCUCUCUCUUGGCCACCUCGCACUGCGCACUGCGUCGGACAGAACUUUACUCAAGUCGAGGCCGACUCAAAUGUCCGACUCGGCCCUGGCCCGAGUCCCGCCUCCAUCUACCGCUACCAGGCGAGCAUGAGCUUCAAGCCUAUCUAG